CCACGGUUCUUCCUUUAGAAGUCCAACCAUUCUUUCCAGAACCCACCGUCCUCGGCAGUUGGCAUCGGUGGUGUCUCGUCUCUUCCUCUUCCGCCCGGAUUCCCAAGCGAACUCCCUCUCCCUUCGCUUCUCCUCAAUGGCGUCGGGGGUGUGGAGAAGGGCUGUCCUAGGAGCCUCCGGAGCCGCUGCCGCCGCCGCCGCCGCCCCAUCCUUCUUGGGGUCGCCAAUCCCUCGCCGGCGGUGGUUCUCGAGCGCGCCCCGGAGGUUCGCGGCGCUUUGGGGGAACGGGGAUUAUGGGAGGUUGGGGCUGGGUAGCGUGGAGUCGCGGUGGAGGCCGACGAUCUGCCCCUUCUUCCAAGAAGAUCUUCCAGUCUCGAUCGCAUGUGGCGGUGCCCACACUCUUUUCUUGACUGAAAGUGGUCGUGUUUAUGCAACUGGACUGAAUGACUUUGGACAACUGGGCGUUAAAUCUGUCAAAAGUCAUACACUAGAGCCUGUUGAAAUUUUAGGACUUCCUGAAAAAGUUGCACAAAUUUCAGCUGGUUACUAUCAUUCCUGUGUUAUUACUGAAAAUGGAGAACUCUUUGUUUGGGGGAAGAACUCUAGUGGGCAGCUUGGUCUUGGAAAAAGGGCAGAAAGUAUAGUUUCCACCCCUACUAGGGUUGAUUGCUUGGACGGCAUCCGUGUGAAAGUAGCUGAAUUGGGUUUGGAGCACUCCAUUGCCAUCACAGAUGAAGGCAAUGUCUUGAGUUGGGGAGCAGGUGGCUCGGGUAGACUUGGUCAUGGAUAUCAAUCCAGGAUUUUUGGAUUCUCAAAAAGCUCAAGUGAAUAUACUCCAAGACUAGUCAAGAACCUUGAAGGAGUUAAGGUCAAGCGUAUUGCUGCAGGAAUGUUGCAUUCGGCCUGCAUUGACGAACAAGGUUCUGUUUUCUUAUUUGGGGAAAGGACAACUAAUAAGCUGAGCUUUGGAGCAGCAAAAUAUGCAUCCACACCAUCUGUUGUUUUGGAUCUUCCAUUGUCAAAAGAAGUUGCUUGUGGUGGUUAUCACACUUGUGUUGUGACAAGGACAUGGAGAUGAUGUUGACUACUUUGAACCCAUGUUGGUGAGCAUUGGUCAAAAUGUCAAAGCUUUGCAUGUAUCAUGUGGAUUCAAUCACACUGGAGGAAUAUUUGAGUACAAUGAAACCUGAGAGGAUGCAGGUUACACUACCAUUAAAAGGCAGUUGCAGAUAUAACGUUUUCUUUGGAUCCAUUCAUUUCUACACAUUAUGUAUUAGAGAAAGCAGCCGCAUGAGAUAAUAAGAUGUGUGCCAAGCUAGACGUACCAAUGUAAAUUAAAGGCUACUCUCUGCAUGAGUAAUUAAAGAGGCAUAGAUUUUUAUGUGACACAUGUACAACUAGUAAUAAAUGAAAGCUUCUGCGGUGGUUCUUGCAGAUUUUGAUCAGACUCAAACAGUGUAUUCUUAGAACAUGCAAUGCUAUUGUCCGGAGGUGGGACAGUCUUAGUAAUGCCA